GCCUCAGCCACCCCAAAGUUCCGUAACUUCAGGAGAGCUGGGCGAGGCUGCAGCUCCCAAGCAGCAUCACACCGAAGGCACGGGCAGGGAAGGGGGAGAUUUUCAGCUCCCUUUGCACUGUCUGGCUGCUGGAUUCGUCUGAGGGCCAGUGUAGUCUGCUGUGUAAUUACAGCGCUGCCCACGGGCACCUCGCCAGAGGAGUGGAGAGAGGGGGCACCAGUGCAGCUCUCAUGCUCCCUGAAGUGGCCCUGCCCAGUUGCUCGCUUGGCAGCCAGUUGGUCUCGGCUUGGAGGAUUGGGCCUCUCAUGGUGUUUGUCGCCACUGCUGCGAGGCCAGCCUGCUGCCACUCACUCUGGCUGCUAGGAUUUGUGCUGCUGCUGCUGCUGCCCAGGGCUUGUGGUCAGUGUGGGGCUCUGCCAAGCCUGAGUCAUGCCAUCCCUUCUGGUACUAAUCACACAGAGGGCUUCCCUAUCGGCACAGAAGUGACAUACAAGUGCAGUGCUGGCUUUGUUAAAAUCCCAGGGAAGUCAGACACCGUUGUUUGCCUUUCAAACUCACAGUGGUCAAACAUAGAAGAAUUUUGUGGUCGCAGCUGUCUUGCACCGCCAAGGUUAAAGUCUGCUACGUUAAGUGAUGAGGAUUUGAGGAAGAAUUACUACCCUGUUGGGACCAGUGUGAGUUAUGUCUGUCGCCCAGGGUAUGAGAGAACUGAACUGAGUCCUGUCAUUACUUGUCUUGAAAAUUUAACAUGGGCGGAAGCCCCUGAGUUUUGUCUAGGAAAAUCUUGUGGUGUUCCAAAAAGCCCAGAACAUGGCAGACUUGUUGAUGCAACAAAUAACCGGUUUGGUGCAAAAGUAAACAUACUUUGUGAUGUUGGAUACCGAGUAAAGGGGAGAACUUUCAUCCAGUGUUUGUUUAAAGGAGAUCAAGUUGAAUGGAGUGAACUUCCAACUUGUGAAUUGAUUACUUGUUCUCCUCCUCCUAAUAUUACCAAUGGGAUGCACAAUGGCAGCAACUUGGAAAUCUUUGCUGAUAACUCCUUGGUAACUUACAAAUGUGACUAUAAUUUCUCACUUACUGGAGAGGCCUCCAUUCAGUGUACAACCAAAGAUAACAUCAAUGGAGUCUGGAAUGGGUCUGCCCCUGAAUGCAAAGUCAUAAUUACCCAGGACAAACCCACAACUGUCCCUCCCAAAGGAACAGAAGUAACUGGCACUUCCUCAGGUUCUGUGCUGAAUACAGCUGGCAACACUACUGCACCUGAAGGUGGAGGGCUUGGCAUACUCAUUGACAUAGGCAUUGGCACCAGUAUUGGUAUCGUAGUUCUUGGUGCAGUUGCUGCAAUUAUACCAUUGGCAGUUUUGAAGAAAAAUAGGUAAACAAGCCCAGGAUAUAAGUAUUUCCUCUUUUUAAGAUUUACUCUGUUUAGAUGACUGAGACUUUUCUUGCAUGUAGCUGAUGUCAGAAAAAAUACCGUGUAUGGUACUCUGAAAAUUGCAAUAACAUGCAGCACUAAAGGGAUGGCAUUUAGUCAUUAAAUGAAGAUGGUGUUUAGAAUUACUUCUCUAAAAUUUAUCACUAGCAAAAAUGUAGAAGUUUUAUAAAGCAACUUAAAAAGACUGCUUUCUCCACUGACCCUGUUACUUCACCUAAUGCUUGUUGGAUACUCCCAGGAAGAUCUAUUCUGUAUUAAAGAACACUAGUAUUAAAAGGGCUGCUUGUGUUUGUCCUGAAUGUUUAAUAGAUAACUAUGUUUGUCUAUUGCAUUUGCAUUUGCUGGAAUAAGCAUUUUGUCGUUCUACAGAAAUCAGUAAUGUGUUGUGAGAAAAUCAGUCUGUUGAAUAGUAAGAGUUUAGAAUAGAACUAUAUCAGUUGCUUUAUACACUUACAGCUUAAUUCAUUUGCUAAACAAAAUAACAACACUACUUUGCAAUAUAAUAGAGAAGUUUAACCUAUGCUUCACAUUGACUUGUGGGGGAAUGGAUUAGUUACCAUGCAGAUUUUUUUGCAUCCUGUAAUACCACUGAGUUGUGCAAAAGUUUACAUGGAUGUGGGGAGGCAAA